AUGACGUUAAAUCUUUAUGUAUUGACACCUAAUCGAAUAGUUUGGGAUUUAGAAGUGAAAGAAAUCAUUUUAUCUACUAAUAGUGGACAAAUUGGCGUAUUACCAAAUCACGCUCCUAUUACUACAUCAGUGGAUAUAGGUAUUUUAAGAAUACGCCUUAACGACCAAUGGCUAACGAUGGCUCUGAUGGGCGGUUUUGCUAGAAUAGGUAAUAAUAAGAUCACUAUUUUAGUAAAUGAUGCAGAGAAAAAUGGUGAAACUGAUCCACAAGAAGCUCAGCAAACUCGGGGAUGGUUUUUGGUGACAAGAGCUGGAGAUAUCAGAAGUGAGAAUGCUGACAUGAGUAACGAUAAAUCCUAUGAAAAACAUGAUCGCCUGCCAGUGGAAGGUACUGAGUGCACCUAUCGGGGGAUAUAUGUAUGA